UUCGGAAUCGAGCAAAAUGUACUCCCGGAUUUUGUUUUGCCUUCUGCUGCACGGCACUGCCGUCUCCCUGGUUCGUGGCGACUGCAACACCUGCACCUAUCCCAGCGAAGUCGCCUGCGUUUCAGCCACACAGUUCCAGUUCUGCGUCAACAACUCGCCCACGGGUCCGGUCAACACCUGUCCCAAUGGAAUGGUCUGCACGGGUGGCGCCACUAUUUGUCAAGGCAACGGCGUUGCACCGGCGGCCUGCUCAGGCUGCAAUGAAUGUAAUUUAAAUCAGACCUUCGCCUGCACCGGACCUCGCACUUUCGCACUCUGUCUGGGCAGCAGCGUUAUUUCGAACAUAACAGGGAACUGUGCACCCUACCAUGUCUGCAACAUCGACACCCCCAAUAUCUGUGGCAACGCCACUCUGGGCUCUCCCGCCACCUGCUCCUUUAUAGACUCAACUCCCACACCUGAGCCAACGACGACUCCCACCACAGAUCCUACUGCAUAUUGCCGUUUGAUUAGACAGAAUGGACGCUUCCCCUACGGCACUCUAUUGUGCAGCACUUGCAGGCAGUACAUUGGAUGUUAUUUACUCAGCGGCAUCUGGUACGGCGCUAUCUACACUUGUCCCGGCAACUUAUUUUUCGACAGCACCUCCCGCUACUGCACCAAGACUGUGCCGGCCCGCUGCUCUCUGGGCGUCCAAAAUAUACAGUUAUUCAAUAUUACAUUGGAAUGAUGUACUUUUCUCUUAACAAAAAUAAAAAAUUUAAGCAAAAGCCAACUUUUA